AUGAAAGUUGGUGUGGUCAUGGACUACUACUUUAGUGGUAGAAUUGGGGAUAAUAUGGAAAGGACUGAGUUGAUAGAGUAUAGAAGGAAGAGAAAAAGGAAUUGGGAUAUAGAGUUCCCGUCCUUUCCAGGAGAAAGGCCACAGCCGGUCAGAAGAGCAGGUCUCAGGACAGCAGGGACAGCCACCUCCCUCUCUGAAGCAUGGCUCCGGUGUGGAGAAGGAUUUCAGGACACUUCUGGGACUCUGUCAUCAACAGCUGAAAUGAAGACUGUUACAGAAAAGCACCUUGAAUUAUCUCCCAGGCCCAAGAAAGAAUCGACCACAUCUAAGAAUACCAGUGGACUUACAUGGAGUUCCAGUGAAAGUGAUUUGUCAGAUGAAGAUAACACACUUACUAAAUCACAGAGAGAUGAAUUACAGUUUAUUGACUGGGAAGUUGACAGUGACAAGGAAGAUGCUAGUGAAUAUAAUGAAUUUGAAGAUGGUGAGGGUGCUGUGGAAAUCUCAGACUGUGCUUCUUGUGCAAGUAACCGUUCUUUGACAAGUGAUGAGAGGCUCUUUGAACUUCCCAAG